AUGGUCUCUAAGCACGCCGUCACAUCUUUGCUUCUGGCCCUUGUGGCCAACGCCUCGUCCGCCGACGUCGAUGCCGGCUACGACGUCACCAAGGUUGCCAACGUCAUGAGAGACAAGGCCGGCCAGUCCUGGGAAUGGGGCACUGCGGCCCAGGCUCUUCUGGAGCUCUACGACAACGAGCUGUCCAUCUACGGCUCCAACCCUUUCCCUGGCGGCAAAAUCCCCAAGGCCGACCCCAAGAUCACAGCGCUUGCCUACAUCAAGCCUCACAUCAACACCACCGCCGAUACCCUUGUCGGCGCCAAUGGCGCUGCUGGAGACCCUGCGUCGCUGGGCGUGUCGGCCAUUCUUCUCGGAACAUCUGACAAGACCUACAGCGAUGCGGCGGACCGCCAGGCCAACCACCUGUUGAAAGACGUGCCGCGUUACAGCAACGGCGCCAUCUCGCACCGCGAGUCGCACGCCGAGCUCUGGGCCGACAACAUGUCCAUGUCGUUUCCCUUCCUCGCGUACCAAGCCGUGGCUAAGAACGACACUAGCCUUAUGGCAACCACUGUCAAGCAGUGCGGUCUACAGCGCGACGUCCUUAAGAUUAACAAGUACCUCAACUGGCGCCACAUUAUUGGCGACGAUCCCAACAGCAAGGAUGAGGGCCUCUGGUCCACGGGCAAUGGCUGGGCUGGCUACGGCAUGGUCCGCGUCUUGCACACGCUGCAGGGCUGA